CCACAGGGGUAUUCUUGUGCUGUAUGACAAGACAGCUCUCUGGUCAGUGCUAUAUUUAUCUUGUAGCUGAACACGCAUUUGCAGGAGGUUGUUCGGCAAGAGAAAGGCAACAAGCCAGAGCACAGUUCAAACCGAGGAAAGUUUGUUCAAGCAUCCUCUGACAACACUGCCUUCAGCUGCAGAAAAUGAAUUCCCCCACGGCCUGGAAGAGUUAACCGCUGGGUUGGGAACAAAGAAUUCUCUCCCUGACUUGUCCAUAGCGCUCUGAAGGAGGAGGAAAGAGGUGAUAAGAUGGAGCUGAACAACAAGUUAAUGGGUGCAUCCGGAGGACAUCCAAGGGGACAAGAAGAGGAGGAGGAGGAGGACGGUCGUCCCGGUGCAAGCGGGUGGGAUGCUGGGGUCAGGAGUAACGACCUGGAUUGUGUACAAAUGUAUCUCACCUGUUUACCGGAGAGAUACAUGAAGGCAAAGUUUACUCUGACAGCCUACUUCAUGUGUUGGCUCAUCUUGAAACUCUGCAAGAGAGCUUGGGAGAAAAGAUGCUCAGCUGCCCAAAAGACUCCAGAACCAGUGGAGAAUUGCACAAGUGAAGGAGAGCUUGAUGAAGAUCAGGGUUCUUCUGUCCCGAGCACUCUGGAGCUGGAGAUACGUGGAUCAGGCCAGGAAACUGAUGAAGACUAUUUUGAGACACAGUCACAUCAGAGCGAAUCACUGUCAGACAUCAAGACUGAUCCUUAUGAAAGUGCAUCAGACUCCGAGUCCGUUGCCAGUGAUGCCACUAGAGAAACCAACUUGAAUUCAUCCCACCGUUCUUCAGAAAUAGAAGAACCUGGGCACAAGUGUUGUGAAACAAAAGGAGGAAUAGCUUCCUCCAAUCCCGAGCACACAAAACAAACUGAUUGUAUGCAAAAAGAAGCAGCAGAACUGAUAUCAGUUUUACCUGUGUCAACAAGAGAAGGCGAAUUGGAAGUAUCAACAUCAGAAUCAAAAACAAAAGAGAACAAUGGAGAGGAAAAAUGGUUACCACACAGUGUUAAUUGUACUGGGGCAAAAACUAGUAAAGAGGUCUUUUUAUCACAGACUGAAGCCAGGGUGACUACAGAGACAAUGUCUGUGGAUAGAGAUCCACACUUUGGUAUCUGUUCAAAAAAUCUAGCUGAAGGUGCUAUUAGUAAAGACAACACAAACGUGGACACAAAAAAGUGUACUAGUUUUAGAACCAACUCUGAAAGCUCUCUGAGUUUCCUUGAAGCCUGGCAUCCUUCUCACCACACACAAGUUGUUUCAAGAUACAGCUUGCCUAAUAUUCAUUUAGAAUCAAAGAAAACAUGGAAGAGAAACUGCAAAUCACCCAGUGUUAGAAGUAAACAAGAUCAUACACCUAACAUGACAUGCAACAGGAAAAACAUUGCUGAGUCUGACUGUUAUAAACCUGCUGAUGUGCACUUAUGUGGCAGAAGGGUGAAGGGUGAAGGUUUCCCAUGCUUAACAGCUGCAUUUCAGAUACCAGCCAUAAGACCAGGGAUCUUACAAAUGAAACCAUGGCAUAGUUCACCUGCAAACAUAAGUAUUCAAGAGGGCAGGGAACAUGACAGUGACUGUAUUUGUAUCAGGGAUAAACUGAGUUGGUCAUGCUCUAGGAUCCCCUUAGAAGUGUCAGAUUUUGGACAUAUAAGGGAAACUUUAGGAGGGUUUGGUAACUGCCCAAAAGAUCCUCUAAAAAUGGAGCAAGAUAGAAGCAUGGAAGGGUUACUUCUCAAUAUUUCCCAGGGCUCAAAUAAUAACCACUUGAUGCAAGCAGCAAGCUCCUACUGGGCAACUCCCUGUGAGAGUUUGCAGAACAAAUCUAAGAACUACGGCCUUAUAACAAAAAGAGCAGAUACCACGGAAUGCGAUUCUUUGGCACUAUCCAAGCUGCCAUAUUCCUCAAUGGAUAGUUACAAACAGGAAGCUUCUUUAGCUCUGGAGUAUGCCCCAAGAGGUACAAAUGCCAAAACAGUAUUAAGAAAAUAUCAGUGCACAUCCGCAAGUGAAGCAGAAAUUAAAGGGUUCCCACAGAACAUAGGUUCUGGAAUUCAUAUCUGUGAUGCUGAACAAAAUUUUCUAGAUAGAUGUAUCACAGCAGAUAAAUACGAUAUGAGUGGCACCCAUGUUUCUAUUAGUAAGGAAAUGAAUGUAGAAAAAGAUUGUCUUGGAACUCAAAAUAUUGGGUCUUUUUUAGGGUCAAGUGGGAUGAGAAGCAAUUCUGGAUUCAGUAUAGAUCUGGGAAUGCUUGAUGGAUUUCUGGCAUCAAGUGGGAAAGACGUAGCAGGAGAACAAGAGGCCAUUGUGGUUCCCAACAUGAGUGCAACUUAUAUUGCCUUAACAUGUCCUUCUACUCAGGAGAGAAGAGAUGUGCAUCCCAUUGAUACAGAAGGGAAGGAUUUUUCAUGGGGUAAUGUUAGUGGAGAUUACAUUUGCCAGGGAGAAAAAUCAGAGAAGCGUUCAGACUUGAAACCUCUGUUGAUUACCUCUCUUAGUCAAAAAGGACCUGAAUCAAAGACGAUGGAAGACAUGACCUUCUUCUCUGAAUCAACCCCUGCUCUACUUGAACGGGAGAGCUCAGCCUCUCAUCUCAGCACCAUAACAGAUGCUACAGAACCACAGGAAACUCUGAAAGCCCAAUCCAAUUGUGGAAAUUUCAGUUUGACGGGACAUAUUAUAUCAGGCGGCGAUGGUGAGUUCCUUGUAAGGCUGGCCACCCAAGAAGGUCCAAAAAACAAAUACGAGGAAGCAGAGGCAACUGUUCAGGAUUUAUCUUCAGUGCUGCCCCCUGAAAUGAAUCCUAAGGGAGCUAGUGUGGAGUACAGUCCCUCUAGGAUUAAUUUAAGUUUGCGGAAUGCUAUACCAACCUGGAAAGAAGGGGACUACACAGAUGAUUUGCCAUUACAAUCCCAUGCUGCAAAUGCUGAGAUGUUACUCAGAAAACCCUCCCAAAUGAAAGAUGAUUCUGUUUUUAAGAUGUUGCAAGUAGCAAACCUAUCGUAUAUAUCUAGAGACCACUCAGUGGGGGAAACAUCUGUGACCCCAGCUAUAGAGGAAGACAUUUGUGUGCAGAAGAGGAAUACUGUUAGUGACCUCUGCCAGGAUGUCAUUGUUGGUGAUACGAGACUAGAGCAUAAUAUUUACAGUAAGCAAAUUCUUGAUGAGGAGGAGGACAGAGACCCCUGUGAUGUAUCACAUGGGAAAACAGACAUUUUUCUAAACACAGAACAAAACAGGGGCUUUUCUGCAGAAGACACAAAGUGCAUUGGCAGAGAAAAUGGGUGGAAUCUGAACCCAGAUACCUGCGACACUUCAGGGAAGGCUGACAGUCAAGACAAUAGCACUGUAGGCCUAGAUAACAUCAGCCUGGGAAGUACAAACAGUGAGGAGAACCUGUUUAAUUUCCCUGGUAUUAACAGCAGUUUCUAUAAGGCAGUGCAAAGAAACAACAAGGCUGGGGCCACAGAGAAGUCUGCCAAGCAUUCUAAAUUUUUAGCUUUUUCGAAAAUGGCGUCUUUCAGGAAAAACAAGCUAAUGUCUCCUGAAAAUCAGGACAGCAUCAGGACCAAGACAGAAAGAUUAGAUGGGAGUAAAGGGGAGGAGAUGGAAGAUGGUUUGAAGCCCGUCAGCCUUACGGAGUAUUCAGAUGAUGAUGAUGUCUUUUAUGACAGACCAAUUGGACUCUUCAACAGAAUUAGCCUGAGAAAAGCAUCCACCUCUGGGCGGAUCCUCUUGGAAGAAAUGGACACUUCUUCUGCACAAUCCAGAACAAAAUACUCCGAAGGAAAGAUUUUAGGUUCUAUGGAGAACAAUGAUGAUGAGUUUUCUGAGUGCUCUGAACUCAGAAAAUCUUCAUCUGAGAAUGACUUUAAAAGGAGCAAAAGCACGGAGAAUAAAAAAUUCAGGAGUCGUCUAGCCAUGGCUCACCGAUCUUUCUCAAGUUUCUUUGAAUCUAAGUCUCUAGAGAAGGAAAAUGCUGAGCAGACCCCAAAAGUUUCAAUGAAAAAUGAAAAGGAAAAAGCCAAGUUUCACCAAACAUCUUGGAAAGCCUUUCUGAAAAGCAAGGAGGCGGAUGGUGUGAAACGGCCCACUCCAGUGCAGCGAAGUCCUCGUUCAAACCAGAGCCCCAGAAGCUUUGUAAGAACAGCAUCCAAGGAAAAGCAGGAAUGUCAUAAUGGACAAGUAGUUAUGACAUCCAGCACAGCUAAUGGCUCUUUGAAAGAAGCUGGAUGUUCUGACAUCUAUGGGACUAGUGACUGUGAACCACUGGACACAAGGAGGAGGAAAAAAGAGCUGUCUCAUGAACUGAUUAUGAAUUCUCCAAAUAGCCCAGAUUGUAAUGGGAAAGAGGAGGCAACAAGCAAUGAUGGAGAUACUUCCUUUGAAGAAUUCUGGUUGAGGUCUCCAGUUAGCCCAAUUGACCUGCAGUCCUCAUUUUCUCACUUUACUCCCUCUUGCCCCCACUUGUCCAUGUACGAACGAAAAGAUAUGCCAUGCAGGCCUAUGAGUCCCAAGCCACAAAGCCCUCGAACCAAUUCUCAACGCAAAGGUUUCCAUUAUCCUGGAAAGUUAAGUUCCACUUCAAUGAUAUCUCUUGGAAACAUCUCCAUGAACGAUGGCAGCUUGGAAGCACCUGAGAAGCCAAAGACACUAAAACCCAGAUCUAGCUACCUGCAGUCAGUGCAUUCUCUAGAUAAUGACUAUCUGAAAGAAGACAGCGGAAUAAGUAGCCAGUCCCAGAUCAGCUUAAACACCACUUCUUCUGUUAGUGAUAUCAUCAGAGAUGAGGAGAAUAUCCAGCCAAAUCAAAUAUCAUCAGAAAAAAGACUAGGUGACAAAUGUGGCCUCCCCUGCAGAAAGAGAUCUACUCAGAUGCCACUGUCUCCACACUCAUUCUCAAACAUAGAAAACAAAGCCUGGAUGCUCCCCUUCCAUGUUCAAGAGGGGAAAGCAGAACAACAAACUCAGUGGAAGAGACCUGGACUCUUAUAUAAGCGUUUCAGCUUUGAUGACGAACAGAUGGAGAAGAAUCGAAAAAGGAAGCUUGCAAAAGAGACCCAGUCAGACAGAGAGACUGAAGCAAGUAACUUGCCAGAGGAUCAGUUUAAAGUUAAAAUGAGACCAUCUAGUACUUCAUCCAUGUCCUUUGGUGCCCUUCCCCUCAAGUUGCAUCUCUACUCCCAGAGCACACCAACAGGAUUAGACUGUGUGGGUUUGAGAAGACGCAUUGCCUUUCCUGUGGAAAUUGUGAUUCGUGAAGUGAAAGUGACUCAGUCAUGUAUGAUGGUUCCCUUCUAUGCUAGAGAUAAAGGGCAAUGA